CAAAGCAUCUAAAGACGUGGCGACACGUGUGACGACACGGCCUUUAAGCCCUUGCUUGUAAAACAAGUCCUCAUCUUCUUCUCUCAGUCGUUUCGUCAGUGGUAUCACUUUCGUUCAUCGUUUCGCCGAAGCACAACAAGAGAUUGAAUGAACAUGGAGGGAGCAAAGAGAACUCCACUGAGCGCGAGAAAGAAACACAAGAGGAAAAGCAAGAGACUUGUCAGGAGUAUCGUCACCUACCUCAAGUCCGAUGCAUACUUGUACGCUCCUCUGUUUUCCGAUUUGUCACCGCUCCCGCCGCAGAUACAUACGCCUCCACCGUCUAACUCCGAAUCUUCUAAGGCGGAAGACUUGCAUGUUGCAGACUGUGAAGCAGGUAAACCGCAAAUAACGAACUUGGUUGCGGUGGAAGUAUCAACCAUGAGGGAAGAUAAAAGGAAUCUCAGGUCAGACACUGCAGAGCAUACAUUGAAUAACGGAAGGAUCAGCUCUUCGAAACGAUCACUUGUCAUCUUAGACGGACAACAAACUGGAAGGAAAAGACGGUGAAGCCAGAUCCAAGGGGAGUUCCGAUCAAGUGAAGUUAAUGUGUAGACAUAAUAGCCAAUGUAAUCAUUGUAAAAUACAAAUUUAAUUAAUUAGAUGCAAUAGUUACAAGAGCUCUUGGAGAGGAGAAGAAGAAUAGGGUUUAUCGUGUGAUUGUAAAGCGUUUCUUGUUGAUAAGCUUUUUAGGAAGUGAUGUAUGAAUGAGGAUGACAAAGAUGUGUCCUGUCUGAACAUAUUGCCAUGUUACCCUGUCUGGUCUUUCAUAAGUAGUUGUAUGACAAGAAAACCGGAAGUUUGAUUUUGAAACAAACCAUUUUAAAUAUGUUUA